AUGCAACAAUGUAUAGCAGAGUGUACAUGCUUUAUUCCAUAUUGCUACGGCUACAAGAAGGAAGUUCACAACAUGUCUGAUGUUCGAUACACAGUGUGUUUAUCUAAAAAAAAUUCUCCUAAAAUUAAGAAACUUCCCCCCACAACAAAGGCAUUUGACUUACAUAUAAAACGAUGCCAUUUGCAAGCUUGUAUUUGGAACGCAGCAGCAUCUCCGUUCCCUCCAUCCUUGAAUCCAACUGACUAUGGAUUUGCAAAGAAUGAAGCAACACACUCUUUGGUACCCAUACAACUUCCAAGUAACAAAGGGUUGGCACCACCAGAAUUGCUCAAAAGUUUAAGAUGCAGCUGUUCAAGUGAGAUGCCAUGUUCAACCUCAAGGUGCAGUUGUGCACAUGUAGGUCUGCCUUGUAAAGAAUUUUGCGAGUGCGAAGGCGGCCAAUUGUGUGGCAACUUGAGAACUCGCGAAGCUCAGCUUAAUGGCAGUGACAGUAAAAUGUCUACUUCCGACUCUGAAUAUUCUGUUAUCUGA